GGCUAUUGAAUUACCCAAGAGGUCCUCCAUGCAAGUUGAUUGAGUUCAUCAGGAAUUGAAUUUGGCAUCACUGCUCACUCUACAGUCCACUUUACUACCUAAUCUGGCCACCAAACUAUCCUGCGCUGCUCAACCUAGCCAGUUUCCCUCUUAACCCAAAAUAUUGUGUAUCUGAUAUCCUCGAUUCAGCCAUUUAUUUCAGACAUCUUGAUCACUAUGGAGGAUUCAGCCUCCACGGGUGCUGCGGAUUGGAAUAGCGAGGACGAAAUAGCCAAUCUGCCGAGUCCCAUUGAUAUGUCCGAUCUCAUGCAAGGCAACAUUGCUCAAGUGGAAAUUGAUUCGGAUGAAUGCGAUGUGGAAACAGCGAUUAAAUUGGAAACGCCUUCGGAUGAAUUUCCCACCAAUGAAUGUAUCAUUCCGGGUUGUCAUCGACUCUACGUGACCAAUAUUAACGAGGAUGAGCCCAUGAUCCGCCUACCGCCUAAACGGAAUCAACACACCAAAGAUAUUGCCGAAUAUCUCUGUCUCCGAGUGGAUGGUCGUUUGUGGCACAUGGAUGACGAAUAUUUCAUUUGUGCCAAACAUUUCGCCAAUGGGGUGUGUUGUCGUAUCCGAGGACACCCCUCCUACCUGCCCUCCAUCUUCCCGCCGGGUUUCGAACCCAAAUGGAAAAAGCCGGCUUGGAAACUGAAUCCCAAGUUCGUAACCUCGGAGAAUGACUUUAUCGAGCCCAUUGCUCACGACGUGAUCAAGGAUGAGAUCACUUUCGAGCUAUUGUCCGACUCCGAGAUUGACGAGCCCUACGCGGCUGAGACCACGGUGCGAAUCCCACCCAAUCGGAACGAGAAAGUGGACGCCCAGAAUAUGGACCAAUGGAGUCAGUUGCCGACUUGUGGGGAUAUUCUUCGAUCUGUCUUUGCAUUACUCACCUCACAGGAAAAGACCCCGCCUAAAGCGAUAGCGCUAAACGUCCACGCCAUUUGGGAACGAACUCAUUGUUGUCCCAUUUCCCUGUUGGCCAUUGCUCAGCGAAUCCGAGAUCUGACCCAAUCUGCUUCGGGCUUAAGGUCCUCAGACAUCUUGGGUAGUCGGAAGCGUGAGUUUGCCAAGCUUUUUGACGUUUUAGCGCCCGUGUCCGAGAGAGAUGACCUUUUCAAUGCCGAGUUUUAUGCUGAUCAGAUGACUAAUCGCAAGAUGUUCAUGGCCCCGAAUGGCGCCGUUCUGAAACCCGCUGCUCCCCCGGGUCAAAUGAAGAAGGCUCAACCACCCCUCAAAGAAGUGGGAUUACCCACGUGGCUCCAGUUACCCACGAUCAAACAGGUCCAUGAGACGCUUACCACCACCCCCUUUAGCACUCGAACUCUGGCCAAGAUCCUCAGAUCCUUGUGGAAGAAGGCCGAUUGUCAGCCUUGCAAUUUGAACUACGUGUGCGAUAAAUUGCUGGAAUUGAAAACGAGCGCUCGCCCAUCUCAAGAUCUAUUCGAUAUCGCGUGGGAGAGCUCGCUCCGCAAUAAAUCUGUGUUCAACGAUGCCUUUUAUGAGGAUCAGAAAGGACCCAGAAAAAUGUUCCUCAUUCCUCUAGACCUGUCCAAGUUGGCCCCGCCCCCACCUACCUCUACUCCCAUGAUCUCAAACAAAAGACCCUGUGUCGCCUUGUCGAACGACACCCAAAUUAUCCCAGCCAAGAAAAAGAGAGGAGAACAAUCCCAAAGGAAUCGAAAGAGAGCCUACAACAGGGAUCCUCGUGUGGACCUCAUGAACCAGCUUGGGUAUCCGGAUUUAAGUAACGGCAUUCUAUUAAGGUUAGCGGAAAAUUUCGAGACCGAUCAAAAAAUGCGGCAAUUCGGGAGCUUACCCAAUUUGAAACCGCUUCUCAACCGCAAGUGUGGCUUCAGCAAACCCCCCAAGCUAAGAUCAGAUUUACCCGUGGUCGCUGAUUUUGUGGUCAAAUGUCGAGGUUCGGGCCUCGUGGACUCCCCUUUGUACCAAGAAGCAACGAACAUCGUCCACUCUCAGAUCGAACAGAUCCGCACUCAACACAUGAAGGAGAAUGUGGUGAUCAAAACUUCCAACUCAUCAUCCGAAAAGAGCAAGUCAGAAGUGAUGUCCCAGUUCUCUGAAAAGCAAUGGCAUGCCAAAGAAGUGAGUCUCCUGCGGCAACAAUUGAGGGCAGUCCAAUCCGAACUGAACAUGUGCCAUACGAUCCUGGCCGAUUCAGACGGUUUAAGCGUUACCAAGUUUCCGGUCCAGUUCAUCUCGGCUCAAGUUGCUCAAUUAUCGGAGCGCAAUCGGCGAUAUCGGGAAAUUAUCGAUUUGUACCGAGGUUCGUUCAAGUUGGGGCACAACAAGAAUCGAACCAUUGCCGUUUUGAAUCAGCGGUUAAAGUUGUGCGAGGACACCCUCAAGGCUUACAUGCUUAAACCCACUUUGAUGGAGCGAAUGUUAAUUGUCCAAGAAGAGAUUAAUAUGGCCUCUUCCGUCCAAGAGUGCAAACAUCGCUUCAAUGGUCUCAUGAAAUGUUUAGUCAAUCACGAGUACCUAAGUAGUUUACAGACGAACUUGGAUGCUCCUUGGCAUGAAGAGGAUCGCUUGAUCGACUUGAUCGAAGAUGAUCUCUUGGACGAUUAUCAAGGCGCCGAAUUCGCACCCGGCGAGUUCUUCGAUCCAAGCAUGUUGGUGUACAAGUGUGCUAAUUGCGGACUUGGCCAUGAUUCCGCCAACAAACUACUUCAGCACGAGAAGUUCUUCUGCUCCUUCACCACUGAGAGUGUCUGCUAUGUGUGCCAUAUGCGAGUUCCCCAAGCAGAAAUGGACUGUCAUAUCGAGGAGCACGCCAAAGUCUACCGAAUAGACGUGAGCAUGUCUUGUGACAUUUGCUCCAAAAUCAUGCCUAACUUGAAGGAAUUGUCGAACCAUGCCAAGCUGCAUAACAUUCAUUUCCGUUAUUGUAUCUGUUGCAAAAGAACCUUCAAAAACGAGGAGUUGUUCGCCAAUCAUUGGUGGAAAAGAUUUGAGUACAAAAACGCAACGCGCAGAGAGCCGCCCAACAAAAAGCCCCAGUUCCUUUGCUCCUAUUGCGGUUUGACCUUCAGAAUUCCUGCCCAUGCUGAUCCCAACGCACUUCAUGAUUAUCAUAUUUGCAAAUUCAUGGAAAAAAGUCUCAGCCAAACCGGAGCACCCAAAGCACAUUUGUGCACCGAUUGUGGCGCCGGAUUCUUCGGAUUAGUUGAAUUUAAGAAGCAUUUGUAUGAAACACAACACACGGUUCCGGAUGGGAUCUCGAUCAAAACUAACUUUGGGAAUUGCGUCAUUUGCGACCGGAAUUGUCCCUCCAAGAAGAAGAUGGACGAGCAUAUCCUCAUUCAUACCACUAUUAUGCCUUACCAAUGUCCGAUUUGCGGUCAUAAAUCUCAUAAGAACUACACACUCCGCCGUCACGUUUUGGACACCCAUCAGGAUGCUAAUUUCAAGACCAAAGAUGCCAUUACGAUACCUGAGGAAGUGGCCAAGAAAGAGUACCUCUUGGCGGACAUUCCCGGGCGAAUCCAUGAAUUCCUGGAUCAAGAAGCGAAGCCCAAGAAAAAAGUCGGAACUGCGGCUCAAAAAGCGAGACAAAAGAAAAGUAAAGCAAUAGCAAAUUUAGCGGCUAGUCGUUCCAACCUUCCCCAGCAUCCGCUUCCUCCAACGGGUUCGGUCGUUGUUCCGGUUGUUCAAGCCCAACCAAACACUCACAAUAUGAAGAAUCUGACGCAUAUUCAUGCAAUAACUGAAAUGGAAGAACAGAAAAUGGCUACCACACAUUUGCAGAAUGUGCUCAACACUAAUUGGUAGAAAAUAGAUUUGAUCGUUAAUUUGACAUAGAAUAGUAGACCUUUUCAAGCA